AUGGAACAAAAACAGAAGAACGCCAAACGUGCUGGUGCCAAUGAGCCCCAUAACGUGCGAUACGCCUCAAAUUCGAGCACCGGAGUCCUAAUGGUGGGCCCCAACUUUCGAGUGGGCAAAAAGAUUGGUUGUGGUAACUUUGGGGAGCUUCGAUUAGGUAAAAAUCUCUACAACAAUGAACAUGUAGCCAUUAAGAUGGAACCUAUGAAGUCGAAAGCACCACAACUUCAUCUGGAAUACAGGUUUUAUAAAUUACUGGGAUCCCAGGAAGGUAUACCUAAUGUGUAUUAUUUCGGACCCUGCAGUAAGUACAAUGCUUUGGUUAUGGAACUAUUGGGGCCUAGUCUGGAAGAUUUGUUUGAUAUGUGUGAAAGGAAGUUUUCAUUGAAAACUGUUCUGUUGAUUGCUAUACAGUUACUGCACCGCAUUGAGUAUGUACACUCCAGGCACUUAAUUUACAGAGAUGUUAAACCUGAAAACUUUUUGAUAGGGCGAACUAGCACAAAGAGAGAGAAAAUAAUUCAUAUCAUAGAUUUUGGUUUGGCGAAAGAGUACAUAGAACCUGAAACUAAUAAACAUAUACCAUAUAGAGAGCACAAGUCCCUUACAGGCACUGCUAGGUACAUGUCUAUAAAUACCCACUUAGGUAAAGAACAGUCUCGAAGAGAUGAUUUAGAAGCCUUAGGCCACAUGUUUAUGUACUUUUUAAGAGGGUCUUUGCCUUGGCAGGGGCUCAAAGCUGACACGCUCAAAGAAAGAUAUCAAAAAAUAGGGGACACCAAAAGAGCUACAUCUAUAGAAACUCUUUGCGAUGGUCAUCCAGAGGAGUUUUCAAUUUACAUGCGGUACGUUAGAAGGUUGGACUUUUUCGAGACUCCUGACUAUGAGUAUCUGAGGAAAUUGUUCACCACUCUCUUUAACAAAAAGGGGUAUGCGGAAGACAGUGAAUUUGACUGGACGGGAAAGACAGUAAACACUUCGGUGGGGUCCUUAUCAACUACGGCUCAUGAGAAAGUUACUUCACCUAAAAGAGGUCUCACCAAGAAUGCAAAAGCAAGUGCAGCCCAUGAACUCACCAAACCGCACACAUUGGGAAAUCUGACUCCAGCUGAAAGACAUGAUUCAGUUCAAGUAUUAAGUUCUACAAACAAUGAGCUAAAUAUUGAUGAUACUACAGCUCACAGUAAUGCACCCAUUGCUCAACCCCAGGAAAUUGAGAUUUUUGAUGAGACUAAAUGUUGUUGCUUUUUCAAACGAAAGAACAGAGGUGUGGCUAAACAGUGA